GUUAUCUAAAACCAUGGUUAUAGUAAAUUAAAUAUUAACCUCAAAAAGUUGACAUUAGUGAUAACCCGUAUCUGAAAAUGUAAUGUGACAACGCGUAUCUACAAUAUUUACACUGGCAGUUCGUACAAUUGUACACCACUCUCGAAAAAUGUAGUGAAUUCGUCUCAAAUUUCAGAUACGUGUUGUUAAAAACUGAAAUAUUUUUGAUUGAGUCACAUACGUGGUUAUACUCGCAACGUACCAUAAAAACUAAGGUAAACUUCGUAUUAGUAUAGUAUUAUUUUAGUAAUAAUUUUUAGUUACCAUGGCCAAACGUCGUUUAAAGACCAUAUUAAGUUUAGCUGAACAAAAUUGUAUAGAAGUACCAAAAGCUAAUACAGAUACCGAUUUUGCAAGUAUAAUUCUAAAUUCAGAUAUUGUAUUUCUUGACAAAAAUAAUUUAAAUGAAUUAUCAUCAAGUAAUAACUUAGUUGGUAAUGAAACAAACUACAUUAGUGCUGAUGAUAGAAUGAAAUCUACUACAGAAUAUUUAACAGUUGAUGAAAACCAUUUAAUUUUCAAAGCAUCUGAAGAAAUAAUUGAUUUUUCUGAAUUACAUUUUGGUGAUUUAUUUAACUAUGGUGCUACUGACAUAACAAUAAAUAAAGAAAAUGAAGCAAGUAAAGUUACCGAAAGCCUAGAAAAAGUAGAGAGUAGUAGCAGUAACUUCAUUAACCAUGAUGACACUAGUAUGAUUACUUAUGAAAUUGAUACUAAUAAGAGUACUGAAGACAACAACCAAAAAAUCCAAAGACUGGUAAAAAGUUGUUACAUGUUUUGAUUGAUAUGUUCAAAUUAUAUUAUAAUUAAAUUUAUUUUGUUUGUUUAUUCGAUUUGUUAUUUAAAAAAAUUAAUGUAAACCAAAG